UAAGAAUCAAAAGCAACAGCAAACAAUCAACAAGAACCACAAAAAGAAGCUGAACUCUCUCGUGGAUUGUGCCAAGAGUCGCCAGAAUUGCUUUCUUGUACUUUGGACACACGUGCGCCGCGACUGCGCCGGUGCCCGUGCCAUUGCCCGUGUCUCUGGGACCAGGUGGAACAUCGUCAUUGCCAACGGCUGGCACAAUGAAGCUGUCAAAACUGUCUAACCAGACGAAUUCGCAGGAUCCGCAGGCGGUUAACUCGCGCAUCUUUGUGGGCAAUCUGAAUACGUUUCAAUGCUCCAAAACGGAUGUGGAGCGCAUGUUUCAGAUCUAUGGUCGUCUGGCAGGCAUUUCCAUGCAUAAGGGCUAUGCCUUUGUCCAGUUUACCAAUCCGUUCGAUGCGCGUAAUGCCUGCCAUGGCGAGGAUGGUAAAACGGUUCUCAGCCAAACGCUAGAUGUGAACAUGGUGGCCGAACCAAAGGCCCAUCAAAUUGGAAGGAAACGCCAGAAUGUUAGCAAAACGGGCAACGAUUGGGAUUAUUUUUAUGAUAGCUACUGCUCGUCGGCUCUUCUUCGCGGUGGUAGCGGUGGUUCGAAUGGUGUACGUCCCAAAAAGCGCAAACGUCUGAUGACGAAUGGUAAUAGUUUAGCUGCUGCUGUACAACAACAACAGCAUGGACAACAUUUGGUUGCUGCCGCGGCAGCAGCUGCCCAUCAUCAACAACAACAGCAGCAGGUACAGGUGCAACAGCAGCAGCAACAGCAUCAACAGCAACAGCACCAGCAGCAACAUCAUCAUCAUCAACAGCAAGUGGCCGCUGUUGCUAUGGCGGCCAUGGCCAAUUUGCUGCCACAGCAGCAACUUUUGCUGCAUCAGCAGAAUCUACUUUCGAAUGCUGCUACUGCAGCGGCAGUGGCCACUACGGCAGCCACGACAGCUGCUCCAAGUGCCCUCCAUUGGUCGCAAUACAAACAAGAGCCACAGCAGCAACAGCAACAGCAGCAGCAGCAGCAACAACAGCAGCAGCAGCAACAACAACAACAACAGCAGCCACAGCCACAACAGUUUGGCUUCCAGUUGAAGAGCAAUGUCGCUGGCCAGUCAACGACAUCGCCGCAGAAUGCAAAGUCAGCAAUAAUUGCUAAUCAAACAGCGCUAGUUGAGCCAUACACAAGCGGAGUUGGAGCCUUUGGCCAACAGCCGCCGCCGCCACAUCACCAGCAACAUCAGCAGCAACAACAACAGCAACAACACCAGCAGCAGCAGCAGCAAUUGGGGUGCUUGUUGCAGCCGUUGACUUUGGCAUUGUCCCCACAGCAACCGCAGUCACAUCAGGCCGCAACACCCAUGCAAUUGCAUAGCCAAUUGAUGCAACAACAACAUCAACAACAUCAGCAUCAGCAGCAGCAGCAACAACAACAACAACAUCAGCAUCAACAACAACAUCUGCAACAACAACAGCAGCAGCAGCAUCAACAGCAUCAUCAACAACAACAACAUCAGCAACAUGCACAAGAGCAAUUAAGUUCACAUCAGCAACAUUGGGGACCAUUCAAAAUCUACAGCAAUCCGGACACAUUAAUCUGUGGCAAUUGCCGGGAAUGCUUUGGCGAGCUCUCUGAAUUAUUGGACCACAAGAAAAGUUAUUGCAAACUGAGGUUCACAUGCAAAUGCCAGGAUGUUGCCUUUGCGGCAAGUGCUAAGACGCCACCAUCGAGCGCCAAAUUGCUUUGUGCCGUUUGCAAGGAUGCAUUCGCCAAUCCCUGGGAUUUGAUGGUCCACGCACAGGCCGCACAUAUGGUUAACAUUUACGAGCUGGGCGAUGAGGGUGCCAAUGGCAUUGGCAACAACAACAACAACAGCAACAAGAAUAACAAUAACAACAACAACAACAACAACAACAAUGGCCCAACCACAGAUGCAACGGCAGCAAAUGUAACCAACGGACAUCAUGGCAUCAUGACGUCGUCGUCGUCGUCCUCAUCCUCAUCCUCGUCCUCAUCGUCAUCGUUAUCGUCGGCGUCGUCGUCGUCGAUGGCAGUUACGGCCUCAACAAUUACCGCUGUUGCUGACGAGGCGACCACAAAGCAGAUGCCAGCAACAUCAGCAACACUUAACAAGGAGCCGAAUAAUAACAACAAUAACAAAAUUAGCAGCAACAGCAACAAGAAUGACCAAAUGUCGCCCACAGCAACUGUCACAGCAAUGGAACCCAUACCAGUCACAGAAGUAGCAAAUGUCACUGCAGUUGGACCUGGAACUGCUCCAGCUACCGAUACAGAGGCCAAUUGCUUGGUGGACAUCAAGUUUAGUCUUAGCCCCAAAGAGGAUCAACAGCGUGAUGAUCUCUCUUUAGAUGGGCGAUUGUCUAAUAGUUCGCAAACUCAUCACUCCUCCGAUGACAUAAAUAUGAAAUUGCUGAAUGGUGGUUCGGUAUCAUCGCGUGGCAGUUCCCCGGGCCUGGAGACAGAUGAGCCGCCGGCAACGCGUGCUUGCAUUGUGCGCACUUUGAGCAUUGAGGCUGCUGGAGCAACUGGCACAGCCACAGCGAAUGCAUUGAGCCUAAUGUCAAAUGGAUUAACUCUGGCCCUGGCUCCACAAUAGAUUAAAAACUAUAUGCCGUAAGCAGUGUGACUAAUUUAAUUACAGAAUCAAAAACCCAAAAAAAAUAUUGCCCAAUACUAAAUAUGCAUAUAUUUAGUGAGGUGGCGAGUGGAAGGAAGUGGUUUUUUUUUUAAUAAUAGUUGUGCAAAUUGCAGACACAAAUGCAGUAUUCAGAAUAUUGCUUUUGGCUUUGUCUUUUGUGUAUUAUCAAGCAUACAACUUAAUCGUUUAAUCGAUACAAGUGCAAUUUAUUCAGUAUUUUUGUACUAGACUAACAUACGACAUAUAUAAAUACCUAUACAUUUUUUUUGUGAAAGCCAUCAUCACCACCAAAUUGUGGGGUUGGCGGUUUAUAAGUUGGUUAAAUCAUUAUCAACCAACUGCAACAACAACAAAGUCAAGAAUUGAACGUAAAUUACAGCAAAACAUAUCAUUUUAAAUUAGAUUUUAGGUCUAAUACUCUAUAUAUGUAUAACAAUAUAUAACUAUGCAUGU